CUUAACUCGAAAAGAUAGGGAGGGAGGUAAUGAAACUACGAAAAUUUCUCAAAAAAUUUCACUUUCCCGCUUUGCGUGUUCCCUCCUCCGAUUCUGACUUUUAAACUGCACUUCUCUUCUCUCUUCUCUCUCUCUCUCUCUCUCUCUCUCUCUCUCUCUCUCUCUCUCUCUUCUUGCGUUUCUGUUGUCUCUUCUAUCUCUCUACCGUCGCAGACUUAGGUUUCGAUUUCGGUCCUCCACUUCGCAACCGCAAGUGGAACAUAGAGUGCUGCUCGUGGAAUGCGAAUAGACACAAAUACACAGAGGUGUUAUUUUUUGUGUGAUACUGAGGAGACUGAGGUGAUUGGAUCUUUGGCAUCAAUUCCAAAUGGAGUGCAACAAGGAAGAGGCUGUGAGGGCUAAGCAAGUCGCAGAGAGUAGAAUGCAAAAGGGUGAAUAUGUAGAGGCUCUGAAAUUUGCUAUCAAGGCCAAAAAACUGUACCCGGAUGUUGAAAACAUUGCUCAGAUACUUGCAGUUUGCGAGGUUCACAGUGCUGCACUGAACAAACUCUAUAGGGCUGAAAUGGACUGGUAUGGAAUUCUUCAGACAGAGAAACUCUCCGAAGAAGCAGUCAUAAGAAAACAGUACAGAAGGCUGGCACUACUACUUCAUCCCGAUAAAAAUAAAUUUGCUGGUGCAGAAGCUGCUUUCAAGUUGAUUGGGGAAGCCAAUGGGGUGUUGAAUGACCAAACAAAGCGAAUUUUACAUGAUAUGAAAGUUAGAGCCCAUUUACAAGAAAUGAAAGUCAAAGGCAAUUUGAAAGCCGCAGUACCUAACACCUCAUCUCAUCACUCAAAUGGGAAUGUGUUUGCUGCAAAUCAAGUUCCAAAUGCUACAAAACAUCGGAAAAAUGUUUCUUCAAAUGUCCCUUGUGAUCCUAAUCUGAAGCUUCAGACAUUCUGGACAGCUUGCAAUCACUGUAAUACCAGGUUCCAGUUCUACAUAUAUGUUAAGAAUAGAGCCUUAGUCUGUCAAAAUUGUAAGAAAAGCUUUAUAGCUUUUGGUAUAAGUCAACAGACUACCUCAUCAUAUGUACCAUUUGGUGCCCCGAAAGCGGUUCCUACGCAGGUUCCACCAAAUCCAGGGUCUACAAGUAAAGAUGAAAAACCCCUUGGCGGUGGAAGUGAGGAUACUUUUGUGCGGUCUACCCCGCGUAUGAAAACAUGUGAUACUGGAGUUGGUAAGGAUCAUAAAGAUGAAAAGAGUAAGAGUGCCUAUGUUCCCGUGUCCAAACCAAAGGAGUCACAGGCCUCAAAGAAUGUUGGAAGUAAGAGAGUGAGACAACCAGAACCAGAUUCAAAAGAGAGAUUCAACACUAGAAAUAAUGAUGAAAAUCAAGAUCCUUCAAGGUUGAACGUUAGAAGGUCUUCCAGACAAAAGCAACAUGUUUCAUAUGUGGAAAAUCAUGAAGAUGAAAGUUAUGAUGCUACUUCCAAAAAGCCUCGUAAAACUGAGUCAUUUAACAAUGAUGAAGUUGAGGAAAAGAACGUGUCUGAAGAAACAAUUUUAAGGAAUACUAGCAAAGAUGAGCCUUCUCAUGUUCAAGGAGAAAAUGUCUUGGAGUCAGAUCAUGAUCCUAGAAGGUUCAAAGAGCAAAACGGCUCUCCAUUGAAUUCAAAUAUUCCUUCUAGCCCAGAGAUAAUUUAUUGUCCUGAUACAGAUUUCAAUGAUUUUGAUAAGGACAAGGCUAAGGAUUCUUUUGCUGUUAAUCAAUUAUGGGCAAUUUAUGAUACCACUGAUGCUAUGCCAAGAUUUUAUGCUCUUGUCAAGAAAGUAGCAUCCCCUUUCAAUUUGCAUAUUACAUGGUUGGAAGCUGACCCAUAUGAGGACGACGAGGUGGAUUGGAACAAGGCAGAUUUGCCUAUUGCUUGUGGUAAAUUCAAACUUGCUAACACUCAGAAAACUACAGACCUUGGGAUGUUCUCUCAUCAGAUUCAGUGUAUAAAAGGAAAUGACAAAAAAUCUUUCAUAGUGUAUCCCAAAAAGGGAGAAACUUGGGCAAUUUACAGUAAUUGGGAUAUCAAUUGGAGUUCUAAUCCAGAAAAUUUUCUUAAGCGUGAAAUUGCUUAUGUGGAAAUCGAAUCAGAUUUUUCUAAGAAUGUUGGCAUUGAAGUAUCUCUCCUAGGCAAAGUGAAAGGCUUUACGAGUCUGUUUGAGAAAACUGGAAAGAAUGGAGAGAACACAUUUUGUAUUCUACCAAAGGAGCUAUAUAGAUUCUCACAUCAAAUUCCUUCAUACAAGAUGAGUGGUGAUGAAAGGGAAGGUGUUCCCAGAGGAUGUUUUGAACUUGAUCCUGCAGCUCUGCCAGCUGACAUCUUGGAAGCUGAUGAAGAAUAGAUGGCGAAAGAGUAGCAGCAAGGCAUUGAUGCAUGGAAGUGAAAGAGAAUUCCUCAAAAUCCUUGAAAGGGUAAGAACACCAGUAUUAAAAAGUGGAGGGAAACCUUUUUCCUCAAGUUGUUUUUUUGAUUAAAUCCAUUCCUUAAAGAUGGUACUUUUUCUUCCUACAUACCCUGUUUAGUCUAGAAUUUAUCCUAGUCUUGUGUUUCUUUUGUACUAAUAUUUUAUUGUGACUCCUUGUUCCUUAAUUGUGUUUAUGUACUAUAAUUUUCCGAUUUGCCUAAGUUCA